AAUAAUAGUAAAAUGGAAUGUAUUACUAAAGAUAUUGAAGAAGAGAACACUCAGAAAAUCAGUCUAGAGAAGUCUGUUCUGGCAGAAACCAAGAAGGAAGAUAUUGCCAGAUGCCAGAGCACUCUCUGUAAUGUUUUAGGCAAAGAAGAAAUUGAGCAGUUGGGUUCAGACUCCGAAGAAGAUUCAAUAAACGGGAUAUUUUGGAUUGAUUUCAAAAUUUUUCGAAAUGUGAAGUUUGCACAAAGUUUCAAGAAUCUCAAGUUCUUUGAUAUAAAUUUUCUUGCUUUUGAUCACGUUGAUUCUAAAAAUAGGUAUUUAGCAAAUUUUUUAGAAUCUUUAUUCCCAAAUAAAACUAAUUGGCUCUAUUUUAAAUGCAGGAAUAAAAUAAAUCUGAAAAGAUCCAAUUACUUAAACUCCCUGACCAGGCUCAGUUCCAAAGUAGCCCAAAUAGUUACAUUUCAGCGUUUCCGCAUUGGCCUUCCUCAACUAAAGAGGCUGGUGGUAGCUUACAAGCAUGUGAGAGUGUUAAGAUUGUUUGACUGCCGGUUGUCUAUUCCAAUUGUUCCUGAUUUGUCAAAGGCCCUUACAAAUUGUCAAAUCCAGGAACUAGAUUUAGAAGGAUCUGGACGCUCUGGUAAUAGCGACUGGGAGAACAACUUCAAUCAGUUCAAUAACUUGGUACAAGGGUUAGCAAGUUCUCAAGAUUUAAGGUUAAGUCUCAAAGAAGUAGAUAUGGAAUACUGUGGAGUGGACCAAGAUGAAGCUGAACAAAUCUUUGAAGAAAACCAACUUGGCAAGGUUAAAAUAAUUGGAGGAAACUAAUUUCUAGUUGAACUUUGGCAUUUUGAUAACUUUGGUUAAAACU